AUGGCACCGGGAGCGUCGAUGUUGGCCCCAGCAGGCCCGAGCGCCGCGCCGGCGUUCCUGAAGGGCUCCAUCAUCAAGGUGGAGCUCCGUGACUUCAUGACGUUCCGCGGCCCCGUCACGUUCCGCUGCAACCCGCGCCUGAACCUCAUCGUCGGCCCGAACGGCACCGGGAAGUCGUCGCUCGUCUGUGCGAUCUGCGUCGGCCUCGGGGGCUCCCCCAAGCUCCUCAACCGCGCCGACAACGUCUCGGAAUUCAUCCGCCGCGGCGCGAAAACCGCCAUCGUGCGCAUCACGCUCCAGGGCGACCGGGGCAGGACCGUCGAGGUCGAGCGCGAGCUCCUGUCGGGGAACUCCUCGAAGUGGCGCAUCGACCGCAAGAACGCCACCAUGAAGGCCGUGCACGACCUUUGCGCCGACCACGGCAUCCAGCUCGACAACCUGUGCCAGUUCCUGCCCCAGGACAAGGUCGCCGCGUUCAGCAACCUCACGCCGCGGGAGCUCCUGCUCCAGACCGAGCGCGCGCUGGGGGACUCCCACCUGUACGAUUUGCACCAGAAGCUCAUUACGCUGCGCAAGGAGGAGCAGCAGGUGUCGGGGCAGCUGGUGCUGUACGGGAAGCGGCUGGCGGAGAAGGAGCAGCAGCUCGAGGCGCUCGAGCGCGCGCGGGAGCUCGUGGAGCAGCGCGAGCGGCUGCGCGCCGAGGCUGCGCUGCUGGACAGCCGCGUGCGGUGGGUGCAGUACGAGGCCGCGCACGGGGAGCUGGCGCAGGACGAAGCGGCGUUCGCGGAGGUCAAGGCGAGCCUCGACGCGAAGAAGAAGCAGGUCCGGGACAUGCAGAAGGAGAAGGGCGUCGCGGCCGCCGAGAAGGAGAGCAAGGCGGUCGAGGCCCAGAUCCGCGCCCUGCGCGAGCCCUCCGCCGCCGGGUCCGCCGCGCGGAAGAUCGAGGCGGCCGCGGACAAGAUCGGCACCGCCGCGGAGGACUUCCGCAGCGCGCGCAUGGAGCUCGCGGCGCUCGAGGACGAGUCUGCGCGCCACCGCGAGAAGCUCGAGCACGCGCAGAGGGAGAUCGCCGCGCUGGAGCGCGAGAUCGCGGACCUCGAGACGAAGCGCCCCGAGGGCCCGUCCGAGGAGGAGGCGCGCCGCCUCGGGCAGCGGAAGCGCGACCUCACGACGAAGGACCAGUCGGUGCGAUGGGACAUGAAGGGCGCGACGCGCGCGGAGCACGAGGCGCGCCGGGCCGCGGACCGCGCCGCGAAGGAGCUCGCGGCGUUCGCGGACCCGCGCACGCAGCGCGUGCACCUGCUCGCGAAGCAGAUCGGGAACCCGCGCGCGCGGGCGCAGCUGUUCGAGGCUUACGCGUGGGUGCGCGAGGGCGUCGAGGCGGGGCGGUUCAAGGGGCGGGUGUACGGGCCGGUGUUCGCGCACGUGUCGAUGCGGCCGGACCGGCACGUGGAGACGUACGCGCACGUCGUGAGCAGCCAGGUGGCGCGCGACACGUGGAACUACUUUGUGGUGGAGUGCGACGAGGACAGGCGGGCGCUGCUGCACGAGAUGCCGCGGGAGUGCAACUGGGGGUCGCGCGACAAGGUGAACAUCGGGCUCGUGCACCCGAAGGACCAGGAGGUGCGGCCGCUGCUGUCGGAGGAGGAGCAGCGCAGGCUCAAGGUGCCGCGGGUGCUGAGCGACGCGUUCGACGCGCCGCCCGCGGUCAAGGCGCUGCUGUGCAACUUCCACAUGCUCCACAAGAUCUACGUCUUCCCGGAGGUCGACGACCUGUCGGCGGACCACCGCAACGCGGUGUGGCAGGCCGAGAAGCAGCACUCGAACCACGGCGGCAUGGGCUUCCUCUACACGCGGUCCCUCAAGUUCAGCGCGACGUCGUCGCGGUACGACGGGGCGGUCACGCAGCAGUCCGGAUCGUACGAGAAGCGCGGGCACAUGCUGCUGCAGGUCGAGAACGGCGCCGGCGGCGACCGCCGCGAGCUCGAGACGCGCGCCAGGGCAACCGCGGCGGAGCACCAGGCCGCACAGGCGGCGCUGGCGGCGCUCGAGGGCGAGUGCGACGCGAUCGCGGAGGAGCUCGGGCAGCUGCGGGAGCAGGAGGGGGAGUCGCGGAACAAGCUGAACGCGUGGACGCUGGCGCGGAAGAAGAAGGUGUCGAUGCUGGACACGGCCCGGAAGACGCUGGCGCGGCACCGGGGGACGAAGGACCCGCUGGAGCGGCGCGCGGAGAUCGAGAAGAAGAUCGAGCGCGCGGAGCGGUACCUCGCGAACACAGUCAAGGAGUCGCGCAAGGCCAUCGACGGGUGCACGGAGGCCCCGCAGCGCCUCACGCUGCUCCACGUGAAGCGCGUGCUGCUGCGCACGCGCAUGCAGCGGCUGACGGAGGAGCGCCGGGCGCUCGAGGCGGAGAUCCGGAGCUACGAGGAGACGCUCAGGGGCAUCGAGGGCGACCUGAAGCGCAAGCGGGAGAGCGUGGCUGCGGUGAAGGCGUCGGCAGUGCAGAGCUGUGGCGGCGUGGACGUGACGGCCGACACCCCGGCGGCCCGCGAGCUCCGCGAGAAGCUCGAGGCGCUCGGCUCCGACGAGGACCAGCUCGAGACGCGCGCCGAGGAGCUCCGCGUGCAGGCCGCCCGCAUCAUCGCCGAGCACGGCGCCGAGGAGCAGCUGCGCCGCGCGGAGGCCGCCGCCGCCUCCCUGCGCCAGGACAUCGACGAGAAGACGGCCAAGCGCGACACCCUCCGCGCCGACAUCGCCGCCACGCGCGACCAGUGGCUCCCGCCCCUGCGCGAGAAGAUUGCCCGCAUCAGCGAGAAGAUGUCGGAGUCGUUCUCGCGCAUCGCCAUCGCGGGCGAGGUCGCGCUCAUCGAGCGCACGGUCCCGGACAACGCGGACGCGGCGCAGGAGGUCGAGUCCUUCGAGGACUUCGCCGUGGAGAUCCGCGUGAGGUUCCGGGAGAACCAGGACCUGCAGGCGCUGCGCACGGGGCGGCAGAGCGGCGGGGAGCACUCGGUGUCGACGAUCGCGUACCUCACGUCGCUGCAGGGCGUCACGUUCACGCCGUUCCGCGUCGUGGACGAGAUCAACCAGGGCAUGGACCCCGUGAACGAGCGCAAGGUGUACCACCAGUUGGUGGAGGCGGCGUCGCGGGAGGGCACGCCGCAGUGCUUCCUGCUCACGCCGAAGCUGCUCCCGGGGCUGCCGUACAACGAGCACGUCGAGGUGCACACGAUCCACAACGGCCCGAAGGUGGCGGAGGUGUGGCGGACGUGGGACCUGGGGCGCGCGAUGGGGCGGAAGAGGACGGCGGCGGAGGCCGGGCUGGGCGACGAGGACAUCGUCGUGGAGUGA